CGGGCAUGGGGAAGGACGGCCACGUCUAGAGUGCCAUGAGCACGAUUUCAAAUGUCACUCUGUCGCCACACCCUGCUCAACGCCCCUCAACUCCGCGCCCUGCCUCGUGGGGAGCUGCUCCCUGGGCACGUCCUCGGCCGGACCAGGCUCCUGAGCCUCAUGGCUUUUUUACCCACAACUUGGGCUCAAAACGAAGUGAAACCUGAUUAGGAAAUGAUGUCAAGAGAAAAAGCAAUGCUGAAUUUGCUUUCUGGUGAGUCCGAGAUAAAGAGCCAUCGCAGUCCUUCUAUGGGAGCAGGAGGGGACACCGGGUCACGCCACCAGGUGUCUGAGAGCAGGAGAGACACACCAGAUCAUGCCAUCAGUAGAGCCCAGGUAGUACCCCUGUGGGAAAAAUCAGCCACGGGAUGCAAGGUGACGGCAACCUGCACUCCCAUCACAUCGACACGAGUGCAAUCCAUGCUGCUCCCCGUCCUGGGGCCUUGCCUUGGCACAGUGAAGAGGAUCCCAAGCAGAGGACCGGGGAAGACUCACAUCGGCAUCAGUGCGCUCUGGAAUGUUCCUUGGCUCCCACAUCACAGUCAAUCUGCUGCCUCAUCCAGGACAAGACCAAGGCACCCCACCCUCUCAUCGGAACAGAACCCCAGCUGUUCUCCCAGUGCUCUGGACUCUGUCCUGCCUCUGUGGCUUCGCACACUCUCUCCUCUCUGCCGGGAAUGUCCGAGGCUGCUCUGAUCUGCUCGCCCCUGCACCCUUCUCAGCUCAUUGCUGUCCCAGUCACGCUGUGGGGAUUCAGUUGUGACUUCAGAUUCUUGUCAGGGAGGCAUAUCCACCAGCCAACAACAGAUGGAGGAACCCUGUCAGUCACUGAUGAUCUCGGCCAAAUCCUGAAGGGCCAGCAUUUCAAGAAGUUGGUCACCUUCCAAGGACCUUUCAUCAGCUGUACACUGAGAACAUGGAAACCGAGGACCUCUGAGAGGGAAGAGGGUAAAGUUACCAGUUGCGUGACUAGAAUGGGCAAGGUACCUCCUUCAGAGCAUCUUGCUUGGGAAGGUCCUCUGUGAUGUCUGUCUCCAGGGGGAAAAUGCUGAGAACCACUGAGUAUUCAACUUUAACUCUGAAUCAGUGUGUUAGUAAACGCUUUGCCCUCCGCAUAAUAAAGGACAAGGAAGUGUAAACAGUAAUGGUUGCCUGUGGGCUGCAUAUUUAUGAAACAAUAACCUGAAUAAUCAUGACUGAGUCACUCCAGCAGACUCCAUAAAAAUUGUUGCAUUGGCCCAUCUGCCUUUAUUCAAUCUGUCCCCUCCCAUCUGACCAAACACUGAAAUACUCAUCCU